AUGGAUGAUGAUUUAACAAAAUAUAAUUUUUCUGUAUUACAUGUUAUUGAUUCUCAGACAUUACCAACACACACAUUUAUUCAAGCUUGUAAAGAUUAUGUUAGUAGCAGUGAUAGUUCAGCUUCAGAACCUUGUGCUUAUAAUGGUGGUUGUGCUACGAAAAACAUUUUUUCACAGAUUAAAAUGAUGAAUGAAAAUGUCAACAUUAAUGAACGAAUAUCCUUCGAAACAGCUGAUCGUAGCCACAGUCAUUCUGAAACUAUUAAAAUACUAGCAGAACCAAUGGAAUAUUAUCAUGCACGAUAUCGAUUCGAUAUUGAUGUGGAAAAACAACGAAUGCCGAAAUAUAUUCGUUCAAAAGAUGGCACUUUUGAUUAUCCUACAAUACAAAUUCCAUCAUCAUGGUGUGAUAUGAAUAAAAAACUUUAUGUUCGUGUAUGUCUUGUCACUGUUCUAAAUAUCAAUAAUGAUAUUCAUUAUAUUCAUCCAUAUUCGUUAGAAGUACCACGUGAAUUGAAUAAAGACAUAACUCAAGAUGUACAAUGCAAUGCUCUGUAUUUUCCAAUCAGAGAAGUAGAUAUAAUGGCUGGUGGAAUUAAACGAUUUAAUCAGUUGAUACUCAUCAGACAAUUACAAAAUGAAUUUAACACAUAUGGUCCGUUACGUGUGUUUGAUGCCGAUGAUGGAUCGAGUAUGAGUAACGAGCGUUUCUUCCACAGACGUGAAGAACAAAUCAAAUAUUAUGAAUUGUACAAAUCACAAUUAGCGUUUACAAUCGCUGAAAAACUGGAUAACAAAUCAACAUCAGCGUUUGUAAUUCACAAAGAAACAUCAGCAUAUUCAAUAAUAAUGACCGAAGAUACCGCACAGAACAACAAAAGCAAUGAAAGUUUGUUUUUUCAUAAUCUCUGUGCAUCUUUACGUGAUUUAAUAUCAAACAAUGAUGCUACAUCAUUGUUUAGAUGCACACGAUUAUUGAUUCAUCGACAUGACGAUAAUUUAUUAGAAAAAGCCAUUUUAAAUGGUCAUUUAACAUUGGCAAAACAGAUGAUUAAAGUCUUAAAGAUUGAUACUUUAAAACGGCAAAAUGAAUAUGGUGAAAAUGUAUUAUUAUUGGCAGCAAAGUUGAAUUACAAAGAUUUAAUUGAAGCUGUGUUAGAAAGAUACGUGGAAUUAGUAUAUGAUUCUGAUUACAGAAAAAAUAAUUUAUUCCAUUUACUGGCAACAAACGAUGAUAAAUCGAAUGAGACAAUUGUCUUUGUUUUCAAAUUUUUGCAACAGAAAGCAAUUAUCAUUACACUGUUUGAUCAGGAAAACAUUGAUUGCUUAACACCAUUGCAAUUAGCUAGUCUAAAUAAUAAUUCGAGCUGUGUUAACACAUUCGUAUCACAUGGAUUCGAGCUAAGCCGAGAGAAAAUGUCCUCCAGUCACAGAUGUUCUCAUGUAAAAGAAAUUGAUCUCAAUUACGUUCAAUAG